AUGGUGCACGCCAAAUCCAAGAAGACCGCCGGGCUCGGCAAUGCCCUGAUGAACGAUCGCUUCGGUAAGAACCGCGGCAACGACAGGAAGAAGACCUCUGCCAUCACGAGAUACCUCACGAACGAGCGACAAGAGGCGUCAUGGGUCAAGAUGCGAUCGGUCACUGAGCAGGGCGCGCUCGACGAGUUCCUUGCGACAGCAGAGCUGGCGGGCACGGACUUCACCGCAGAGAAGAUGAACAACAUCAAGAUCAUCCAUACCGACCAGAAGAACCCGUAUUUGCUGUCCGGGGCAGAGGAGAGAGGCGUUCUCGCCAAACAGAAAGAUCACAAGGGACGCUUGACGCGCAAGAUGUGGGCCAAGUAUUUGAAGGAGAACGGCAUCGCUUACAGGUUCUUCUCCGCAAGUCUUGCGAAAGAGAUGCUCGAGGCGUUGGAGAUGGAGGAGUCUGACUCAGAUGAACCGGAGGCUAGCAGCAGCUCCCAGCCUGCGUCGAAAAAUGCCGCUGCUGACGAGGAAAGCGAUGAGGAGACCGACGAGGAGACUUCAGAGGAAGAGGGAGAUCAAGAUGAAGGCGGCGCAGGUACAUCACAGCAGGAAGUUGAAACUGAGGUUGACGACGAGGACACCCGAAUCUUGACACCCGGACACAAGCUGCAAAUCGGUCUUGUCGGAUAUCCCAACGUCGGAAAAUCGUCCACUAUUAACGCCUUGAUCGGCGCUAAGAAGGUGUCUGUUUCAUCAACACCAGGAAAGACGAAGCACUUCCAGACCAUUCACCUCAGCGAGAACGUCAUCUUGUGUGAUUGCCCUGGUCUCGUCUUCCCCAACUUCGCAAACACCAAGGCCGACCUGGUUUGCAACGGUGUCUUGCCCAUCGACCAGCUGCGAGAGUUCCAAGGGCCUGCCGGUCUCGUUACCCGCAGAAUCCCGAAGGCUUUCUUGGAGGCAGUUUACGGAAUCAACAUCAAGACCCGCGCUCUCGAAGAAGGAGGCAGCGGAAUCCCUACUGCGCACGAGUUGCUUGCCGCCUAUGCCAAGGCCAGAGGCUUCACGACCCAGGGACUGGGUCAGCCCGACGAGUCGAGAGCUUCUCGUUACAUCCUUAAAGAUUACGUCAACGGUAAGCUCCUUUACUGCGAGCCGCCGCCCGGAACCAUCGAUGGUCCCGAGUUCAACCAAGAGCUCUACGACGCAAGCCAUCUUCCAGAGAAGAGACGUCAAGCAGUCAACGCGUCUCUUGACACCAUGUCGUUCAUGGGCGAUGAUAUCUCAAUAGCCCCCUCCGACCUGGCAAUUCUUCCAGCGGGCCCGAAAUCCAAAAAGAUUGACAAGGGUUUCUUUGGCGCUGAAGGCACUGGCACCGGUCAUCUCAAGAUGCCUUUUGCCCACAAGUACUCAGAGCAGGGCCAGAAGCACUUGAGUGGAAGAAAGGCACGGGCGAUGAUUGCUCUGGAGAAUGGCGUCGACCCCAAGGAUGUCAAGCUUUCAUCAGGAAAGAAGCAUUUUAAGGGAAGCGCAAAGAGCAGGAAGGGCAAGAAGCCGGCCAACGAGGAUGAUGACUAG